AAAGACAGUUCAUGUGUUUCACAACAGUCGGUUCGACUCUUCUGUCAGUAGUUUCAUAUGUGAGCACAGAGACUGAAGGACGGCGUCAAAGAUGUUGGGGCUCAGGUGCAUUGUGGGUGAUCUGCGUGCAGGAGGAAGACUCCUGAGAAGUCUCCCUCACAUCCAGAAGACGUCCAUGUCCUCGCUGAGCCCACAGAGUCGACCCAUCAGACUUCCUCUUCCUCCUCGUCUUCCUCAGGUGACCCGCAGGUGUUUGAACUCGUCUGCGUCUUCUGCUAAACUGAAGCUGAGGACUCGUCUGGCGGUGACUCUGCUGUUCGGCGGCGGCCUGCUGGCCGUGUGGUGGUACGUGCACUCGGAGAAGCAGCAGAAGUUGCGUCGGCAGCGGGUGGAGCAGCUGCAGCAGGUGGCUCUGGGUCAGGGCACCUUCAGCCUGCUGGACCACCGGGGCCAGCGCAGGACCAAGAAGGACUUCCUGGGCAGCUGGGUGCUGCUGUACUUCGGCUUCACACACUGUCCUGACAUCUGUCCUGACGAGCUGGACAAGCUGAGCGCCGUGGUAACGGCUCUGGACCAGGACGCCUCGCUGCCACCCAUCCAGCCCCUUUUUAUCACUGUGGACCCCGAGAGGGACGACGUGGAGGCGCUGGCCCGCUACGUCAAAGACUUCCACCCCCGUCUGAUCGGACUGACGGGGACAGAGGAGGAGGUGAAGCACGCGGGGCGGGACUACAGGGUGUAUGCCAGCCCGGGACCCAAAGACGAGGACGGAGACUACAUCGUGGAUCACACCAUCCUGAUCUACCUCAUCAGUCCUGAUGGGCUGUUUCUGGAUUAUUACAACAGGAUGAAGAACCAGGAGCAGAUCAGCGAGAGCGUCAGGAACCACAUCAUCAACUACGUCAGACUGUCAGCUGAGAGUUAGAGUUUCUGUCUGGGGCCACAUCAUCAACUACGUCACACACUGAAGACUCAAACUAUAAACUGAGAGUUAAAGAUUCUGUUUUGAGUCCUGGAACACUGAAACUCUGAGAGCUUCUUCAGCUUGUGCAGUGACCUGAAACUCUAAAUCCUCCUUAAUUUAAAAUAUAUCCUCUUUUGUAACACAGGUGGAAUUCAUGCACUCCUAUUAUUAAAAUCAU